UACCGCACAGUGUGUUUUGUUUCUGGCCCUUCUUGUGACCUUCAGCCCUCAGCUCAGCAUGGGCAGAGGAGGGCCCCCUCUUACUCAACAAUGCCCUAUUCUUCUCCCGGGCCACCCCUGGCCCUCCAGAACCCCGGAACUCAGAACACUGCGGCUACGGCUGCUGUGGCCUCAGUGAGUCCAGGAAGGAGCUCCAUUUCUGCCUCUGGAUUUCUUCAGAACACUCAGCUGCUUUUGGGUCCUGCUCUGGUCACAAAGAGAAGUCAGGAGCCUACUCUUCAGCCCACGACUGCCCUCCUCAAGGGCAGAAGAGUUCUUUGUCCCAUCCCUGGCUCAGCCCCAGUGGGCCUGAGAGAAACCAGGUAUCCUUCAGGACAGCCAUGGUGCUGCUCUGGAUGUCUCUCCUGCUGGUAGCCUCUUGUGUCGGCACUGUCCAGGGCUCACCAAAGAUGAAUGGCAAGAAGGAGGUCAUUAACAUGUCCCAGCCCUUGCAUAUCCUUGUGGAGGGAAACUUGAUGGUGCUAACACCUGCUGGCCUGACUCAGAUGCUGAACGAGACGCGCUUCCUGAUGGUGCUCUUCCAUAACCCAUCCUCAAAGCAAUCCAGGAGCUUAGCUGAGGAGCUGGGCAAAGCCGUGGAGAUCAUGGGCAAAGGCAAGAAUGGGAUUGGCUUUGGCAAAGUGGACAUCACAGUUGAGAAGGAACUUCGGAAGGAGUUUGAUGUCAAGACGGCCCCAGAGUUGAAGCUGUUUUUUGAGGGCAACAGAUCACAGCCCAUCAGCUGCCAAGGAGUGGUUGAAUCUACUGCCUUGGUUGUUUGGUUGAGAAGACAAAUUAGCCAGAAAGCAUUUCUGUUCUCUGACAGCAAUGAGAUAGCAGAGUUUGUGAAUUCCAGGCCCUUGGUCAUCGUUGGUUUCUUCCAGGACUUAGAGGAAGAAGUAGCAGAGCUGUUCUAUGAUAUGAUCAAAGACUUUCCAGAGCUAACGUUUGGAGCGAUAUCGAUUAGACAUGCCAUUGGGCGUUACCAUGUCACCCUUGACAGUGUUAUAGUGUUCAAAAAGGGAAGAAUUGUGAACCGCCAGGAGCUUAUUAAUGACAAUGUCAACAAACAAAUCCUCAAUAAACUCAUAAAAGAACAACUCACAGAUUUUGUCAUUGAAUACAACACUGAGAAUAGGGAUCUGAUUUACGAAUUGAACAUCCUGAAUCACAUGUUGCUCUUUGUCUCCAAAAGUUCCGAGUCAUUUCGUAUGAUAAUGCAGCAUUACAAGUUGGCAUCGAAGAUAUUCCAAAACAAGGUUUGUGGAAGUUGCCACUGCUUUUUAGGGUUCUUUGGAAAGGAAUCAAAGUCCUGUAGACCCAAACAUCUAUCCAGUGAAGAGAUUCCAAAUUACUGGGAUCAGGGGCCGGUUAAGCAGCUUGUUGGGAAGAACUUCAACGUGGUGGUGUUUGACAAGGAAAGGGACGUGUUUGUGAUGUUCUAUGCACCCUGGUCCCAGAAGUGCAUGGUGCUAUUCCCAGUGUUGGAAGAGUUGGGCAGAAAGUAUCAAAACCACUCCACAGUCACCAUCGCCAAGAUCGACAUCACGGCAAAUGAUAUUCAGCUGACGUACCAGGACCGGUACCCCUUCUUCCAACUCUUCCCCACUGACUCUCAAAAAGCUGUACAGUAUAAAGGUGAAUACACCCUGAAGGGCUUUUCUGACUUCCUGGAAAGUCAAAUCAAGAUCCAGAUUGAGGAUGAAGAUGAGCUACUCUCUAUUGAGGAAAGUGAAGAGACAGAAAAGGAGGUAUUAGCGGAGGAAAAGGAGGAAGCUUUUAUGAAGAAAGAGCUACCAGAACAGAACUUGCCUGAGUUGGAGAAUGUAACCAAACUCAAAGGGCCAGCUGAGCAGAAAGAAAAGGCUGAGGAGGAGAAGGCAGCUGAGCCAAAGGAACCUCCAACACAGGGGAAGGAACCAAGAGUGAAGGAAGAACUGUAAGGCUCUCCAGAGCCAGGAAGAGAGGGUGCCCAUUUUCCAGACCCUGGCAUCAUUUUCUGAGUGGAUAUACUCCAAAUAAAAUUCUAUAUCAUUGUGGUAGGUGCGUGGAGGCUGGAUAAUAAAAGCCCCUGAAUGCCUUUGG